GGCCGUUGCUAUAAAUUAUAAACACUCCUUCCUUAAACCCUACCACUACCACUACCACUACCACAGCCACUAUCACUGCUCUGCAACUAUUUUUUUUCUCAUAUUCCAUCAAAUUAGAAGUCAUCAAUGUCAAUGGCCUAUCGUCUAAUCCGACCCUUACGAAGAAUUACAACAGAAACACUUGCCUCUCCUCUCUCUUCCUUUUCUAUUUCCAAAACCCUAACUGCAAUUCAGCCACAGCUUCAACAAACAAGAAGAAGUUAUGUAUCAGAGAUGAGGAAGUCAGCAUUCGAAGGCAACAUCAUCAGACUACUGCGAAACGAGAUCCAGUACGAACUCGAUCGUUCUCCUCCCUCUCAGCUUGUCCCUGAAUUCAAUUUGUUUACGGUUGAUGAACGGCCUGGAGAGCAGUGGAUUAGAUUGACAAGGAAAUUUGGAGAGAAUGAAGAGAUCAAAGUUGAAGUAACUAUGUUUGAUGGGUCCAUUCCUGUUCAGAAACCUGGUGGGAUUGCCACAGCGCAUGAUGUGCAGCUUCACAUCACGAUGAUUGUUGAUGUGUUUAAGGGGGAAGGCAGUGAUGUGUUGGAAUUUGUGUGCUCUGCAUGGCCGGAUAGCAUAGAAAUUCAGAAAGCUUACAUGCGUAAGCAUGAUCGGAUGGCAAGUCAGCCUUACAUGGGUCCCGGAUUUAAGGAACUUGACGAUGAACUGCAGAAUUCACUCUAUGCAUACUUGGAAGCAAGGGGUAUAAAUGAUGAGCUUGCUGUGUUCGUGCAUGAAUAUAUGAAGAACAAAGAUAAAACCGAGUUUAUAAGAUGGAUGGAAACUGUAAGGUCUUACAUAGAAAAGAAAUAAAUUGUAGAGGGUAGUUCUGCAAUUCUUUAGAAGACAUUAUUGUAUCAUACAUGCAUUGAUUUGGAAAGAGUUAUACUGGUGCUGCAAUAUUUUGGCAUUCUAUUUGAGUUUCACUAUGCAGCCAAAGAGAUAAAUGUAUGUUCUAGCUGACUAGAGAAUGAAACUGGACUCAUUUUGAAUGAACUUCGGUGUCUCUACA